AUGAGCGACUUAUUCAAUCUCGACGUCCAGCGGAACCGUUUAUCCCGCCGUCACGGCCCCGAGCCUGGCUCCGCUCCGGCACCUACUCUCCCCGAGUUAUCUGCCAUUCAGACCGCUGAGGCCAAGCUCCCUCGGCCUGGUUCGGAGGACUACCUCCGAGGUGUCUCACAGGAAGAUGUUGUACGACACAUCAUACGGGACAUUAUUCCCGCGUGUAACGGCCAGGGCAGUUCGUCCCGUUACUACGGUUUUGUCACUGGUGGUACUCUCCCUAUUGCUGAGUGGGCAGACAACGUAGUCUCCCGCCUGGAUCAGAAUGUCCAGGUCCAUCUGCCAGCGCAGACAAUUGCAACUACAUUGGAGGAUGCAGCAUUGGAGAUGCUCGUUUCGCUACUGAGACUUGGAGAUUGGAGAGGUCGCACCUUUACAACUGGGGCUACGGGCAGCAACGUUCUUGGACUUGCAUGUGGACGCGAAGCCAUCUUGGAGGAGCGCGGGCAGAGUAUUGGUGAGGUCGGCUUGCUUGCGGCCUGUCUUUCUGCUGGUAUCAGGGAGCUCCAGAUCCUCACAAGUGCAGGCCACAGCUCCUUGUCUAAGGCAGCGAGUGUCGUUGGCUUCGGACGAGGAGCUGUGAAGGAGCUGAGACUCAGCGACAGUGAGCCAUGGAGAUUGGACCUUGAGGCUUUGGAAAGAGAACUUCAGAAGAAAGAUACCGCAAGUGUUAUUGCAUUAAGUGCUGGAGAGGUUAACACCGGGCGAUAUGCUUUAACGGGGCUUGAAGAGAUGCGUAAAGUAAGGGAGUUGGCGGACAGGUAUGGAGCUUGGAUUCAUGUCGAUGGAGCCUUCGGUAUCUUUGCUCGCGCUCUUCCCGAAGAGGACGAUUAUAAAAUUCUUCGUAAUCGUGUUGAAGGCAUCGAGUUGGCAGACAGUAUCACUGUUGACGGGCACAAGCUUCUCAAUGUCCCCUAUGACUGUGGCAUGUUCCUCACACGAUCACCUGCUAUCCUUCAGUCUGUCUUCACCAAUCCCAAUGCUGCAUACCUGUCCACGGGAGGGGCGUCCACUAUCCCCUCGCCGCUGAAUGUUGGCCUUGAGAACUCACGCCGUUUUCGUGCCCUUCCUGCGUAUGCCGUUCUCCUCAGUGAAGGCCGACCAGGUAUGGCGAAUUUGCUGGCCAAUAUGACUGCUUUAUCCCGCCAAGUCGCUGCGUUCUUGAGGGGCUCAGAGCACUACGAGCUACUCCCCGACGAUGGUGCUAACUUCAACGAGAUCUUCAUGAUUGUUCUUUUCCGUGCUAAAAAUUCCAGUUUGAAUGAUGAGCUGGUUCAGAAGAUCAACGCAACCAGGCAGAUGUAUGUGAGUGGUACAAGCUGGAAGGGAGAAAAGGCUGUGCGAAUGGCUGUGUCCAACUGGAUGGUGGAUGUGGCCAGAGAUUUCAGGGUGGUGACUUCUAUCUUGAAUCAUGUGGCCGAGGGAAAGGUGUUCGACAUUAACAACUGCUGA